GAAUGACGAUGACUCGAGCUUCGUACACCGUGGAUUUCAAGCUGUGCGUGGUCGAGUGGGUAAAGAGCGGGGGGCGAAGCCUCCGCGAGGCCUCCAAGACGUUCGGAGUGGACCGCAAGUGCAUCAGGCAGUGGGUACGAGAGAGCGGCAACCUUGGCUCGGCCAGAGUCAGGCAGGGACCGCAGACCCGCAAGCUGCACGGAGGGCGGGGUCCUCUGUCGGAGGAACUGGACAGACUGGUCCUGGGCUACCUGCUGGAGAGGAGGAGAGGCGGAGCGGAUGUGGAGGACACAGAACUGAGACAGAGGGCAGUGGAGGGAGCAAGAGUCUUGGGCCUGGGAGAAUUCAAGGCUUCUCCCUCGUGGCUGAGAGGGUGGAAGGCGAGGAACGGUGUUGGUGAGCCGAGACUGACAGGAGAGACUGCAGAGCUUCUGGCAAGACAGGCACCAGUAGGGUCUUCCCUAGUCUCCCAUGUCAGACAUUCUGACUCGGUGUUGCUGAGUCCAGCAGAUCCUCGUGGAGUGGAGAAUAGUUCCAGUGAUGAUGACAGGUGCCCUGCUAAAGACCAUACCUACUCCUGCAAACCUUUGUCUGAAGUUGCGUCUCCUGCCAAACUUGCCCGCAGCAGCAAUACUCUGUAUACAAACACAACUUCUCAUUCCUCGUACGUCAAACUAUUCCACCUCCCGAUGAUGGGUGGGCAUCUAUUGGAAUCAUCAGAACAACUACUCUUGAGUGACUCCAGUCCACAGUAUUCCAGUAUGCAGAGUUUCCCAUCGUGUGAUCCAGUCAUGAGCUGCACUCAAGUCGACCACUGCAGUGAACUAGACAUCGCUGUUCCUCUUGAACCAGAAGUUCUCAUCUCGGGACCUGACGUUGGAGGUCUCUCGUCCACCACCCCUCUCUCCUCCCUCUCUUCCCUCAGUCCUCCCAAGAGAUCCACUCUCGACACACGUUUCCUUCUCUGGCCCUCCCUCGGUUGCACACAGACAUCUCCAGUCACUUUUCCAGAGCUACACGACUUUGCAGACCCGCUCACUGGUCUACUUGCCAACAGACGGUCUGAACCGGUUUUUCCUGCCAGACCGGAAAUACUCAUGUCCAACUCUGAACUCAGCUAGAAACUCACACACGAGAUUAUGACUGAAUCACAUAAUGUCAAUUGCAAAUAGCGAGGGCAAACAA